AUGAAGAUGAAAAAAUUGUGCAGUGAAGUUCGGAUUGAGGGAUUGGAGACACUUGAUUAUUUUGAUAAUCUGGUGAACAGAUCAAGGUUCACAGAACAGGCUGAUGCAAUCACAUUUGAUGGAGAGACAGACAGGGUAUACUUGAGCAGCCCGAAUAAAAUCGCCAUAAUAGAUCAUGAGAAGAAAAGAACCUUUGUACUCCGGAAGAAUGCGCUUCCAGAUGCAGUGGUAUGGAAUCCAUGGAAUAAAAAGGCCAAGGCUCUACCUGAUUUGGGAGAUGGUGAUUACGAGAUGAUGUUAUGUGUGAAUUCAGCAGCUAUUGAUGUUCCUAUUCUUUUGAAGCCAUGUGAAGAGUGGAAAGGCUAUCAAGAACUCUCUACUGUUUCAUCAAGCUAUUGCAGUGGACAGUUGGAUCCUCGUAGAGUUCUUUCUGGCUUUCAUUGA